AUGAUUAGAAAAAUAAUUUACAACAUUGUUAAGUUUUAAACAGUUCAAUUUUAGGCCAACCAUAAGUUUUAAAAAAUUUAAUAAAACUAAACUAUUCAUCGAGCUGGUAAUACUAAAGACUUAUUUUAAUUUUAUUAAUCAUAAGGAGCAACAUUAAAUUUGAUAAAUUUAGUUAGUUAUAUCAGAAAAUAUACAGACUUUAUGAUUUCUAAUUAAUAAGUAGACAAUGAAACUGAAAUUCAGCAUGCUUUUACUGUAUUGAAUUAAUUAUCAGAAAUGAUUUAUACUAAAAAAUAUUUGUAGUAUAAGGAUAAGAAUUCGGAUCACAAAAGAUCAUUCAUUAUGUUAUUAUCUUUAAGUGUAGAAAUGUUUUAAAGAUCAAGAGACUAAAUGAAUUAGAAUAGAUUUCUUUAGAGUGCCAAAUUAGCUAUCAAAUCUAUAAAAGAAGAGAAUAGAUUAAAGGAUUGUAAUAUAGAUGAAAUUAGUGUACUUUUAAGAUGCAUCACAUAAAUUAAUGAAUUGGUAUUACGAUGAUGACUAAAAAUUAGAAUCCUACUGAAGCUGAAGAAAUUGAAUAUUGGGCACUUAUAGGAACUCUAAUCAACCAACUUACUCCACAUCAUAGUUGUAAAUUAUUGCAUUCCCUAUCUAAAUUUAGAAGCUUUAAUGAAAACCUAAUAGGAAAAUUAUUGCAUCCAUUACAAUAUAUAGAAAAUAAAGAUAUUAAUUAAAAAGAUGCUAUUAGUCUAUUCUUUUCCUUUAAGUAAAUUAGUGAUAAAACUAAAAAAUUUGAUGAAAUUAUCUAAAGUGUCUUUAUUUUUUUAUAAACCUAUAUGAUUAGAUAAUCAUUUAAAUUGCAUAUUAAAUAUAUUGGAAUGAUUUACAAUGUUUUAGCAACUUUGCCAAUAGAAAUUAACUAAGACUUUUUAACUUAUUUAGAAAUCUAAUUAAUUUAAUCAAAUAAUUUAAGUAUGUUAUGUUUAGCUCAUUUAUUUUAAUUAUGUUUUUCAAAGCCAGAGUUGAAUAUCACAAUUAAUAAAAAAUUAGAGGAUAAAAUUAUUUUCUUUUUGAAUUAAUCAUGUGAAAUCGAUGACAUCCAAAAUGCAGAAUAAUUCAUAAUGUUCUUCAACACAAUUGGAAGUCAUUGUACAUUAAUGUAUAUAGAAAUAUUCAUUCCAAUAUUAAAGAAAAUGCCAAUUAAUGAUUUUAUUAUAGGGAAAAUGUUUUCUGGAUUAUUGAAAAUAACACUAGCCUCAGAUUAUUUAUAAGAAAUUACUGAUAUAUGCAUAUUAAGAUUAAAAUAGUAUGAUAAUGCCAUUAAUAUUCAUGCUCUAAAUAGCAUUUAUCGAGCAAAAUGUCUCUAGAAUGCUAAAUAUUCAAAUCUUUUUUAGGAUAUAGUAAACUAUUAGAUUAAUAAAUAUAAUGAACAAAUCUUCCUGAAAGAUUAUCAAUUUUUAAUAAAUAACAAGAAAUACUUUGAGUCUUUUGAAUUUUUGUAGGUAUUGACAGAUUUUUUAAAAAUAUACACAUUUACUGGAAAUGAAGGAAAAGAAAAUAAAAAAAUAAUAAGUGAUAAUUUAUAAGAACUUAAAAAAAUAAUAAAAAAUGUAAAGAAUUAGAAAGUGGAAUAAAAUGCUUAACAAUUCUUGGAUUAUUUUGAUGAUUUCUUAUAAAGUAUUUGA